GGAAAAUCAGUCUUGGAAGUCGAAAGUUUUCAGGGGAAAAAACCCUUCGUUUCACCCUAGAAACUCUCUUGCUUCAUGCAAUAAGAGUUUCUUAAGCAGAUCUUAGUUACUUCUCACUCAUUUUGUGCUUAUAAGGUUUAUGUUUUGAUUCUAAAUUUACCAUCCAUUUUUAGAUUUUCAAAAGCUGAACUAUCUGCAAUAUCUUUUUUCUGGGGUCUAAUUUUACUGCCUUCUGAAAGUGAUUGCAUCUUCCCAUCUGGGUAUUUCAUUUCCCCAAUUUGGGUCCCAUGUGUGCCUAAGGGUUUCAAUUUCAACACCCAUUUUUUUAAUCCUAUCUCCCUACUUACUUUUCUUCCUUUACAUGUCAUUACUAGUCAUAGCUCCCAAAAUUUUCUUUUGAUUAGGUCAUUCAGUUUAGGUAUUUCGUUCAUCAAUCAACCCACCAUUCUUGGUGCUUUGGUCAAGUUUUAGAUGCUCUAAUGUUGAUUUUGGAGGGCCCAGAAGCCAGAAGAGGAUAUUCAAAUAUUCAAUAAGGGCUGUCAAUGUCUUCAACGACUGUUGCAUUCUUAGUGCCUCAUCAUACAUUCUCUUGAGAAUCUUUGAACUUGCCUAAGUUCUUGGCGUAAUCAUAUUCUAGAUGAGGUUCCAUAACUUCAGUAUGCCCAGAUAGUAUAGAGAUUUUCUGCAUUUGUCCUUUUGUUGAUCUCUAAACAUAUUGAAAUAUGCCUAAAAGGGAGAAAUUCCUUCCUCAUUCACCUCUUCUGCUAUUUAUCUCUCUUGGGUUCUUUCUAUUUGGGGUUGUAGUUUCAGAAAUUCCCCUAGGUUCAAAACUUUCUGUGGUAGAAAAUAACUUUUGGGUUUCCUCAAAUGGUGAUUUUGCACUUGGAUUCUACAACCAUCCUGAUCAGCCCGAUCAAUUCAGUGUUGGGAUUCGAUUCAAUUCGAAAUUGAUUCCUGUUAGCAAACAGACUGUGGUUUGGGUUGCUGGAGCUGAUGUUACAGCAGGUAACAACUCCUAUUUCCAGCUUACACAAAAUGGGGAAUUGGUUCUGGUUGAUUCCUUACAGGGAGUAAAACUUUGGACUAGCAAAACAAGUCAGUUAUCUAUUGCUUUGGCACAACUUCGUGAUGAUGGAAAUCUUGUGCUAGUCAAUGAGAAGAAAGAUGUAGUUUGGCAGAGCUUUGACACUCCAUCAGACACACUUCUUCCUGGCCAGAAGUUAUCUCCCCUGGGGACAUUGAGAGCUGCUAGCCGGAAGUCAGUUUCAAGUUAUUAUAGUCUUUACAUGAGUGUUUCUGGUCAGUUAGAACUAAGGUGGGAGAGUAGUAUUAUUUUUUGGAGAAGUGGAAGCUCUUCUGAUUCAAAUCUCAGUGCUAUUUUCACCACUAAUGGCACCCUGCAACUUGUGGACCAGAAUUUGAAACCUCUUUGGUCUGUGUUUGGACAAGACCACAAUGACACUGUAAAAUUCAGGCUCCUUAGGCUAGAUGUGGAUGGCAACCUGCGGAUGUACUCAUGGAUGAAUAAUUCAGACUCAUGGGGAUCAGUCUGGCAAGCAGUUGAGAAUCAGUGCAAUGUCUUUGCAACCUGUGACAAGCAAGGAAUCUGUGCAUUUAAUGCAUCUGGUUUCCCUGUUUGCAAAUGUCCUUUUCAGCAUGCUUCUCAAUCUAACUCAAAGUGUUUACUUCCUUCUCGGCUUGAUUGCAAAUCAGGUUCCAUUAUGGUUGAGUAUGCAAACAUGUUUCUUUAUGGGAUCUACCCGGUAAAUGAUUCCAGCUCUCAUACCAAUUUAGAGCAGUGUAAAACCAUGUGCUUGAAUGACCCAAGUUGUGCAGCCAUAACCUUUGCAAAUAAUGGAAGCCCAGAAUGCCGAAUGAUGAAAACCCAAUAUGUCAGUGGUUAUUCAGGUCCUUCUCUUAGUUCAAUAUCUUAUGCUAAGAGGUGUUCAGACCCAAUAGCAGCUGAUCCAAAUUUCGGGAUGAACUCCCCACCAAGUGCCCUCAAAGAGUCUUCCAGGCUUUGCAUUCCUUGUCUAAUUGGAGCAGCGUCAGGCACAUUUGCUAUAUUCGUUGCAGUUCAGUUUGGAAUUGCCUUUUGUCUUUACAAAAGAAUAAAGUCUUACAAGAGAAUGGCUUCUCAAGCAUGCACAGGCCCUGGUUCAAAAUGUUUGAUUAUGCUAUCCUUCUCUGAAAUCCAAGAACUUACAGGGAAUUUCAACAACCGAAUUGGACCAAAGAUGUUCAAAGGUGUCCUACCAGACAAACAACUGGUUGCAAUCAAAGAGGUGGAAGCAACCAUAGAAGCAAGAAAGUUUCGUGCUGCUGUGUCGAGGAUAGGAAGCAUUCAUCAUAAAAGCCUUGUAAAGCUGGUAGGCUACUGUUGUGAGUUAAAUCACAGGUAUUUGGUCUACGAAUAUGCCAAGUAUGGCUCUGUGGAAAAAUAUAUUGAAGAUCCCAUGCUGUGUAAGAGGUUGAAUUGGAGAAAGAGAAUGGACAUAUGCUUAAGCGUUGGUAGAGCAGUAUCUUAUUUGCACACAGGAUGCAGGGAGUUUCUAAGCCAUGGGAACUUGAAAUGUGAAAACGUAGUCUUGGAUGAAAAGUUUGCGGCCAAGGUAAAUGAAUUCGGGCUAGGGAUGCUUCUCCAUGGUGAGUCAUCCACCCACAGGACUCCAGCAGAGAAAGAUGUAGAGGAUUUUGGCAAGAUGGUGUUGAUGCUGGUUACUGGGUUCCUGGAAGUGAAGGAUGUUUGUGACUGGGUAUACAAGAAGUGGAUGGAAGGUAAUGCAAAGGAGGUGGUAGACAAACACCUUGGUCAUGCAGUGGACUAUGAAGAGGCUGAGCGUGCACUAAGAAUUUCAUUUUGGUGCCUUCAACCAGAUGGGCACGCAAAGCCUUCAAUGGCAGAGGCUGUGAAGGUGUUGGAGGGGACAUUGUCUGUUGAUCCUCCUCCAUCACCUUUUGCUUGUCGGUCACCACCAUCGAAGGAAGAAGGGUCGAUAGAGUCAGGUUCAGAGACAUAGGAUUAGUCUUUACCCUGAUAAUUUUGGAGGGUUUUCUCUUCUUAUUUGUAUGGCAGAACUAACAUUCACAGCAAGGACAAUCUGGCCUUUGCUUCAGAAAAGGCUUGCAAUUUUCUCCCAACUGAUGUUACAAUUUCAAUGCAAAAGCUACAUUGAGUAUUCUAUUGAAAUUUGUCUGAAGCAACAUUUUGGAAUUCCUUGUUUUUCAAAUACUCCUUUUUGGCAAUGUGGCCUGCACUGAAAUGCAAAUGGCUUGGGCUGGACUGCAAAAAGGAUCCAUCCAAGAGCCAGUGCACAGUUCAGUCCAUACUGAAACAUGCAUUUUAAAUAUUUUUGUUAUGCGAAUUGUAUGUUGAAAAAAUGAAGAUUUGUUAGAUUU